AGUUGACCAACUCAGCUCCAGCAGCAAUGAUUUGGUUCACAAGUUUUGGAUUGGCGCUUUUGCUCUUCCUCUCGCAGCACCAUGGCGUCGAGAGCAGGAAAAAGCAGAUGGAUCUUUCGAGAAGCCCCUGGAGAAAUCUGAGGACCACGCAAAAUUUCAUGAAUUGCCUGGUUCAGCGAAUCGCCGCCUCCCCCCAGUUCCCACAGCAAGAAAAAGCGGAUCUAGAAGCUCUGGUCGAAACGAUGACAAAGGUCAUGUCUGAAGUAAGCGGAAACCGAGAAAAAAGUGCUCAGAUUUCUGCUAUGACCAUGGCUUUCGGUUCAUCUAUGGCAGAAAUGAUUAUAGCAGAGGAAGAGGGCGGAGCCACAGGAAUAGAGCAAAAGACCGAUGCUCUAUGUCAAGCUCUUACACAAUGCUUCCGGUACACUCUGGGAACUGUGGAUAUGCACUUUAUACACGAAAUAAAGGAGCUCAUCAAAGUGUUUGCAGCGGAAGCUGCCUCAACUGAUGAUAAUGAAAUAGAAAUAGAUGAAACUUCAAGUUUAAGCUCCUCUAUUUACGGUUCAGCAGACUUUAGUUCAUCAACUGCGAUAAGUGGCAGCUUAGAUGCGUCGCUAUCAUCUGGGGCGUCUCUAACUACAGCAGCUGGAGUUUCAAGCGGAGUCGUUUCUUCUCUCCAAUCUACUCUUUUAUCAAGCUUGCAAUCAACUUCUGUAUUCAGCAAUACCUUUAGCAGCAAUCUCUCAGUACAAAAUGCAGUUUCGUUAGGGCAACUACUAGCCCAACAAAUCGGAAGACAAUACGGCCUAAGCAACAACGAUGUAAAUACUUUAUUGUCGCGAAUUCGCAAUUCCCUGCAAACACUCCAACAAGGAUCUGCCGUGCGAGUGUACAUAUCUGCAAUUAUUGGUCCAAUACUCGAAGUACUUGCAACAAAAGGCAUCGUAAACGGAAACAAUGCCUCUCAGUUUGCUUCCUCCUUCGCUAAUGCGUUGUUGCAAAUUACUGCAAAUAUUGCUCCGAGAUUUGGUAUUCCGAUUCCGGCAUCUGCAGUUCAAAGUGAUUUGACAAACGUAUCUCAAUCCAUUUCAAGUUCAAGAAGCCAAACCAGCUCAAGUGUCCAAAGUUCCACAUCUGCUUUUGGUGGAAUUUCCGGUCCCUCUCCAUUUGGGCCUCAGCCCUCUGGUCCCUCAUUCGGUCCUGGACCCAGCCUUUCUGGCUUGACAGGAUUUACUAGCACUUUUGCUUUGGGUUUCAAAUCCACCUUGGCAAGCUCAACUCAGUUCCAAUCAAUAGCUCAAAGUAACCUUGAUGUGCAGACAAGAUCUUCCCUCAUAAGCAAAGUUUUGAUCAACGCCCUGUCCAGCCUCGGAAUCAGUGCCUCUGUAGCCUCCAGUAUAGCUGCUAGUACUUCACAGUCUCUACUGAGCGUUAGUGCUGGUGCAAGUGCCGCUGAUGUUGCAACUGCAAUCGCCGCAUCAGUAGCAACUUCUCUACAGUCAAGUGGUGUUCUGACUGCUUCGAAUGCGUCAACGUUAUCAAAUCAAUUGGCCUCUUACGUAAGUUCCGGACUGUCAAGCACUGCAUCGAGCUUAGGUAUUCAACUAGGUGCUUCACUUGGAGCCGGCUUCAGAGCGUCGGCAGGUCUCUCUGCUUCUACUGACAUUAGCAGUAGCGUAGAAGCAACUUCUGCAAGUACUCUUUCUUCGAGUGCAUCAUCCACAAGCGUCGUAUCUUCAAUCAAUGCACAACUUGUACCCGCCUUAGCCCAAACAGCUGUCUUGAAUGCUGCUUUCAGUAAUAUUAACACACAGAAUGCUAUCAGGAUCGCAGAACUGCUAACACAGCAGGUUGGAAGACAAUACGGUCUGAGUGGAUCAGACGUUGCAACUGCUUCUUCGCAGAUCAGAAGUGCUUUGUACUCCGUGCAACAAGGAUCUGCUAGUACUGCGUACGUCUCCGCAAUCGUCGGCCCCCUUAUAACCGUACUUAGUUCCCGAGGUGUUGUCAACGCAAGCAACUCUUCGCAAGUCGUAUCGUCAUUGGCAAGAGCAAUACUGCAGUUUACUGCCAAUGUUGCUCCGCAAUUCGGUAUCUCGAUUCCGACCUCAGCAGUACAAAGUGAUUUGUCGACCAUAUCUCAAUCCCUUACCACUUUCAGCAGCCAAACCAGCUCUAGUGUCGAUAGCUCUACAUCUGCUUUUGGUGGAAUUUCCGGUCUCUCUGGCCCCUCUCCAUAUGGUCCUCAACCCUCUGGUCCCUCAUUCGGUCCUGGACCCAGCCUUUCUGGCUUGACAGGAUUUACUAGCACUUUUGCUUUGGGUUUCAAAUCCACCUUGGCAAGCUCAACUCAGUUCCAAUCAAUAGCUCAAAGUAACCUUGAUGUGCAGACAAGAUCUUCCCUCAUAAGCAAAGUUUUGAUCAACGCCCUGUCCAGCCUCGGAAUCAGUGCCUCUGUAGCCUCCAGUAUAGCUGCUAGUACUUCACAGUCUCUACUGAGCGUUAGUGCUGGUGCAAGUGCCGCUGAUGUUGCAACUGCAAUCGCCGCAUCAGUAGCAACUUCUCUACAGUCAAGUGGUGUUCUGACUGCUUCGAAUGCGUCAACGUUAUCAAAUCAAUUGGCCUCUUACGUAAGUUCCGGACUGUCAAGCACUGCAUCGAGCUUAGGUAUUCAACUAGGUGCUUCACUUGGAGCCGGCUUCGGAGCGUCGGCAGGUCUCUCUGCUUCUACUGACAUUAGCAGUAGCGUAGAAGCAACUUCUGCAAGUACUCUUUCUUCGAGUGCAUCAUCCACAAGCGUCGUAUCUUCAAUCAAUGCACAACUUGUACCCGCCUUAGCCCAAACAGCUGUCUUGAAUGCUGCUUUCAGUAAUAUUAACACACAGAAUGCUAUCAGGAUCGCAGAACUGCUAACACAGCAGGUUGGAAGACAAUACGGUCUGAGUGGAUCAGACGUUGCAACUGCUUCUUCGCAGAUCAGAAGUGCUUUGUACUCCGUGCAACAAGGAUCUGCUAGUACUGCGUACGUCUCCGCAAUCGUCGGCCCCCUUAUAACCGUACUUAGUUCCCGAGGUGUUGUCAACGCAAGCAACUCUUCGCAAGUCGUAUCGUCAUUGGCAAGAGCAAUACUGCAGUUUACUGCCAAUGUUGCUCCGCAAUUCGGUAUCUCGAUUCCGACCUCAGCAGUACAAAGUGAUUUGUCGACCAUAUCUCAAUCCCUUACCACUUUCAGCAGCCAAACCAGCUCUAGUGUCGAUAGCUCUACAUCUGCUUUUGGUGGAAUUUCCGGUCUCUCUGGCCCCUCUCCAUAUGGUCCUCAACCCUCUGGUCCCUCAUUCGGUCCUGGACCCAGCCUUUCUGGCUUGACAGGAUUUACUAGCACUUUUGCUUUGGGUUUCAAAUCCACCUUGGCAAGCUCAACUCAGUUCCAAUCAAUAGCUCAAAGUAACCUUGAUGUGCAGACAAGAUCUUCCCUCAUAAGCAAAGUUUUGAUCAACGCCCUGUCCAGCCUCGGAAUCAGUGGCUCUGUAGCCUCCAGUAUAGCUGCUAGUACUUCACAGUCUCUACUGAGCGUUAGUGCUGGUGCAAGUGCCGCUGAUGUUGCAACUGCAAUCGCCGCAUCAGUAGCAACUUCUCUACAGUCAAGUGGUGUUCUGACUGCUUCGAAUGCGUCAACGUUAUCAAAUCAAUUGGCCUCUUACGUAAGUUCCGGACUGUCAAGCACUGCAUCGAGCUUAGGUAUUCAACUAGGUGCUUCACUUGGAGCCGGCUUCGGAGCGUCGGCAGGUCUCUCUGCUUCUACUGACAUUAGCAGUAGCGUAGAAGCAACUUCUGCAAGUACUCUUUCUUCGAGUGCAUCAUCCACAAGCGUCGUAUCUUCAAUCAAUGCACAACUUGUACCCGCCUUAGCCCAAACAGCUGUCUUGAAUGCUGCUUUCAGUAAUAUUAACACACAGAAUGCUAUCAGGAUCGCAGAACUGCUAACACAGCAGGUUGGAAGACAAUACGGUCUGAGUGGAUCAGACGUUGCAACUGCUUCUUCGCAGAUCAGAAGUGCUUUGUACUCCGUGCAACAAGGAUCUGCUAGUACUGCGUACGUCUCCGCAAUCGUCGGCCCCCUUAUAACCGUACUUAGUUCCCGAGGUGUUGUCAACGCAAGCAACUCUUCGCAAGUCGUAUCGUCAUUGGCAAAUGCAAUACUGCAGUUUACUGCCAAUGUUGCUCCGCAAUUCGGUAUCUCGAUUCCGACCUCAGCAGUACAAAGUGAUUUGUCGACCAUAUCUCAAUCCCUUACCACUUUCAGCAGCCAAACUAGCUCUAGUGUCGAUAGCUCUACAUCUGCUUUUGGUGGAAUUUCCGGUCUCUCUGGCCCCUCUCCAUAUGGUCCUCAACCCUCUGGUCCCUCAUUCGGUCCUGGACCCAGCCUUUCUGGCUUGACAGGAUUUACUAGCACUUUUGCUUUGGGUUUCAAAUCCACCUUGGCAAGCUCAACUCAGUUCCAAUCAAUAGCUCAAAGUAACCUUGAUGUGCAGACAAGAUCUUCCCUCAUAAGCAAAGUUUUGAUCAACGCCCUGUCCAGCCUCGGAAUCAGUGCCUCUGUAGCCUCCAGUAUAGCUGCUAGUACUUCACAGUCUCUACUGAGCGUUAGUGCUGGUGCAAGUGCCGCUGAUGUUGCAACUGCAAUCGCCGCAUCAGUAGCAACUUCUCUACAGUCAAGUGGUGUUCUGACUGCUUCGAAUGCGUCAACGUUAUCAAAUCAAUUGGCCUCUUACGUAAGUUCCGGACUGUCAAGCACUGCAUCGAGCUUAGGUAUUCAACUAGGUGCUUCACUUGGAGCCGGCUUCGGAGCGUCGGCAGGUCUCUCUGCUUCUACUGACAUUAGCAGUAGCGUAGAAGCAACUUCUGCAAGUACUCUUUCUUCGAGUGCAUCAUCCACAAGCGUCGUAUCUUCAAUCAAUGCACAACUUGUACCCGCCUUAGCCCAAACAGCUGUCUUGAAUGCUGCUUUCAGUAAUAUUAACACACAGAAUGCUAUCAGGAUCGCAGAACUGCUAACACAGCAGGUUGGAAGACAAUACGGUCUGAGUGGAUCAGACGUUGCAACUGCUUCUUCGCAGAUCAGAAGUGCUUUGUACUCCGUGCAACAAGGAUCUGCUAGUACUGCGUACGUCUCCGCAAUCGUCGGCCCCCUUAUAACCGUACUUAGUUCCCGAGGUGUUGUCAACGCAAGCAACUCUUCGCAAGUCGUAUCGUCAUUGGCAAAUGCAAUACUGCAGUUUACUGCCAAUGUUGCUCCGCAAUUCGGUAUCUCGAUUCCGACCUCAGCAGUACAAAGUGAUUUGUCGACCAUAUCUCAAUCCCUUACCACUUUCAGCAGCCAAACCAGCUCUAGUGUCGAUAGCUCUACAUCUGCUUUUGGUGGAAUUUCCGGUCUCUCUGGCCCCUCUCCAUAUGGUCCUCAACCCUCUGGUCCCUCAUUCGGUCCUGGACCCAGCCUUUCUGGCUUGACAGGAUUUACUAGCACUUUUGCUUUGGGUUUCAAAUCCACCUUGGCAAGCUCAACUCAGUUCCAAUCAAUAGCUCAAAGUAACCUUGAUGUGCAGACAAGAUCUUCCCUCAUAAGCAAAGUUUUGAUCAACGCCCUGUCCAGCCUCGGAAUCAGUGCCUCUGUAGCCUCCAGUAUAGCUGCUAGUACUUCACAGUCUCUACUGAGCGUUAGUGCUGGUGCAAGUGCCGCUGAUGUUGCAACUGCAAUCGCCGCAUCAGUAGCAACUUCUCUACAGUCAAGUGGUGUUCUGACUGCUUCGAAUGCGUCAACGUUAUCAAAUCAAUUGGCCUCUUACGUAAGUUCCGGACUGUCAAGCACUGCAUCGAGCUUAGGUAUUCAACUAGGUGCUUCACUUGGAGCCGGCUUCGGAGCGUCGGCAGGUCUCUCUGCUUCUACUGACAUUAGCAGUAGCGUAGAAGCAACUUCUGCAAGUACUCUUUCUUCGAGUGCAUCAUCCACAAGCGUCGUAUCUUCAAUCAAUGCACAACUUGUACCCGCCUUAGCCCAAACAGCUGUCUUGAAUGCUGCUUUCAGUAAUAUUAACACACAGAAUGCUAUCAGGAUUGCAGAACUGCUAACACAGCAGGUUGGAAGACAAUACGGUCUGAGUGGAUCAGACGUUGCAACUGCUUCUUCGCAGAUCAGAAGUGCUUUGUACUCCGUGCAACAAGGAUCUGCUAGUACUGCGUACGUCUCCGCAAUCGUCGGCCCCCUUAUAACCGUACUUAGUUCCCGAGGUGUUGUCAACGCAGGCAACUCUUCGCAAGUCGUAUCGUCAUUGGCAAAUGCAAUACUGCAGUUUACUGCCAAUGUUGCUCCGCAAUUCGGUAUCUCGAUUCCGACCUCAGCAGUACAAAGUGAUUUGUCGACCAUAUCUCAAUCCCUUACCACUUUCAGCAGCCAAACCAGCUCUAGUGUCGAUAGCUCUACAUCUGCUUUUGGUGGAAUUUCCGGUCUCUCUGGCCCCUCUCCAUAUGGUCCUCAACCCUCUGGUCCCUCAUUCGGUCCUGGACCCAGCCUUUCUGGCUUGACAGGAUUUACUAGCACUUUUGCUUUGGGUUUCAAAUCCACCUUGGCAAGCUCAACUCAGUUCCAAUCAAUAGCUCAAAGUAACCUUGAUGUGCAGACAAGAUCUUCCCUCAUAAGCAAAGUUUUGAUCAACGCCCUGUCCAGCCUCGGAAUCAGUGCCUCUGUAGCCUCCAGUAUAGCUGCUAGUACUUCACAGUCUCUACUGAGCGUUAGUGCUGGUGCAAGUGCCGCUGAUGUUGCAACUGCAAUCGCCGCAUCAGUAGCAACUUCUCUACAGUCAAGUGGUGUUCUGACUGCUUCGAAUGCGUCAACGUUAUCAAAUCAAUUGGCCUCUUACGUAAGUUCCGGACUGUCAAGCACUGCAUCGAGCUUAGGUAUUCAACUAGGUGCUUCACUUGGAGCCGGCUUCGGAGCGUCGGCAGGUCUCUCUGCUUCUACUGACAUUAGCAGUAGCGUAGAAGCAACUUCUGCAAGUACUCUUUCUUCGAGUGCAUCAUCCACAAGCGUCGUAUCUUCAAUCAAUGCACAACUUGUACCCGCCUUAGCCCAAACAGCUGUCUUGAAUGCUGCUUUCAGUAAUAUUAACACACAGAAUGCUAUCAGGAUCGCAGAACUGCUAACACAGCAGGUUGGAAGACAAUACGGUCUGAGUGGAUCAGACGUUGCAACUGCUUCUUCGCAGAUCAGAAGUGCUUUGUACUCCGUGCAACAAGGAUCUGCUAGUACUGCGUACGUCUCCGCAAUCGUCGGCCCCCUUAUAACCGUACUUAGUUCCCGAGGUGUUGUCAACGCAAGCAACUCUUCGCAAGUCGUAUCGUCAUUGGCAAAUGCAAUACUGCAGUUUACUGCCAAUGUUGCUCCGCAAUUCGGUAUCUCGAUUCCGACCUCAGCAGUACAAAGUGAUUUGUCGACCAUAUCUCAAUCCCUUACCACUUUCAGCAGCCAAACCAGCUCUAGUGUCGAUAGCUCUACAUCUGCUUUUGGUGGAAUUUCCGGUCUCUCUGGCCCCUCUCCAUAUGGUCCUCAACCCUCUGGUCCCUCAUUCGGUCCUGGACCCAGCCUUUCUGGCUUGACAGGAUUUACUAGCACUUUUGCUUUGGGUUUCAAAUCCACCUUGGCAAGCUCAACUCAGUUCCAAUCAAUAGCUCAAAGUAACCUUGAUGUGCAGACAAGAUCUUCCCUCAUAAGCAAAGUUUUGAUCAACGCCCUGUCCAGCCUCGGAAUCAGUGCCUCUGUAGCCUCCAGUAUAGCUGCUAGUACUUCACAGUCUCUACUGAGCGUUAGUGCUGGUGCAAGUGCCGCUGAUGUUGCAACUGCAAUCGCCGCAUCAGUAGCAACUUCUCUACAGUCAAGUGGUGUUCUGACUGCUUCGAAUGCGUCAACGUUAUCAAAUCAAUUGGCCUCUUACGUAAGUUCCGGACUGUCAAGCACUGCAUCGAGCUUAGGUAUUCAACUAGGUGCUUCACUUGGAGCCGGCUUCGGAGCGUCGGCAGGUCUCUCUGCUUCUACUGACAUUAGCAGUAGCGUAGAAGCAACUUCUGCAAGUACUCUUUCUUCGAGUGCAUCAUCCACAAGCGUCGUAUCUUCAAUCAAUGCACAACUUGUACCCGCCUUAGCCCAAACAGCUGUCUUGAAUGCUGCUUUCAGUAAUAUUAACACACAGAAUGCUAUCAGGAUCGCAGAACUGCUAACACAGCAGGUUGGAAGACAAUACGGUCUGAGUGGAUCAGACGUUGCAACUGCUUCUUCGCAGAUCAGAAGUGCUUUGUACUCCGUGCAACAAGGAUCUGCUAGUACUGCGUACGUCUCCGCAAUCGUCGGCCCCCUUAUAACCGUACUUAGUUCCCGAGGUGUUGUCAACGCAAGCAACUCUUCGCAAGUCGUAUCGUCAUUGGCAAAUGCAAUACUGCAGUUUACUGCCAAUGUUGCCCCGCAAUUCGGUAUCUCGAUUCCGACCUCAGCAGUACAAAGUGAUUUGUCGACCAUAUCUCAAUCCCUUACCACUUUCAGCAGCCAAACCAGCUCUAGUGUCGAUAGCUCUACAUCUGCUUUUGGUGGAAUUUCCGGUCUCUCUGGCCCCUCUCCAUAUGGUCCUCAACCCUCUGGUCCCUCAUUCGGUCCUGGACCCAGCCUUUCUGGCUUGACAGGAUUUACUAGCACUUUUGCUUUGGGUUUCAAAUCCACCUUGGCAAGCUCAACUCAGUUCCAAUCAAUAGCUCAAAGUAACCUUGAUGUGCAGACAAGAUCUUCCCUCAUAAGCAAAGUUUUGAUCAACGCCCUGUCCAGCCUCGGAAUCAGUGCCUCUGUAGCCUCCAGUAUAGCUGCUAGUACUUCACAGUCUCUACUGAGCGUUAGUGCUGGUGCAAGUGCCGCUGAUGUUGCAACUGCAAUCGCCGCAUCAGUAGCAACUUCUCUACAGUCAAGUGGUGUUCUGACUGCUUCGAAUGCGUCAACGUUAUCAAAUCAAUUGGCCUCUUACGUAAGUUCCGGACUGUCAAGCACUGCAUCGAGCUUAGGUAUUCAACUAGGUGCUUCACUUGGAGCCGGCUUCGGAGCGUCGGCAGGUCUCUCUGCUUCUACUGACAUUAGCAGUAGCGUAGAAGCAACUUCUGCAAGUACUCUUUCUUCGAGUGCAUCAUCCACAAGCGUCGUAUCUUCAAUCAAUGCACAACUUGUACCCGCCUUAGCCCAAACAGCUGUCUUGAAUGCUGCUUUCAGUAAUAUUAACACACAGAAUGCUAUCAGGAUCGCAGAACUGCUAACACAGCAGGUUGGAAGACAAUACGGUCUGAGUGGAUCAGACGUUGCAACUGCUUCUUCGCAGAUCAGAAGUGCUUUGUACUCCGUGCAACAAGGAUCUGCUAGUACUGCGUACGUCUCCGCAAUCGUCGGCCCCCUUAUAACCGUACUUAGUUCCCGAGGUGUUGUCAACGCAAGCAACUCUUCGCAAGUCGUAUCGUCAUUGGCAAGAGCAAUACUGCAGUUUACUGCCAAUGUUGCUCCGCAAUUCGGUAUCUCGAUUCCGACCUCAGCAGUACAAAGUGAUUUGUCGACCAUAUCUCAAUCCCUUACCACUUUCAGCAGCCAAACCAGCUCUAGUGUCGAUAGCUCUACAUCUGCUUUUGGUGGAAUUUCCGGUCUCUCUGGCCCCUCUCCAUAUGGUCCUCAACCCUCUGGUCCCUCAUUCGGUCCUGGACCCAGCCUUUCUGGCUUGACAGGAUUUACUAGCACUUUUGCUUUGGGUUUCAAAUCCACCUUGGCAAGCUCAACUCAGUUCCAAUCAAUAGCUCAAAGUAACCUUGAUGUGCAGACAAGAUCUUCCCUCAUAAGCAAAGUUUUGAUCAACGCCCUGUCCAGCCUCGGAAUCAGUGCCUCUGUAGCCUCCAGUAUAGCUGCUAGUACUUCACAGUCUCUACUGAGCGUUAGUGCUGGUGCAAGUGCCGCUGAUGUUGCAACUGCAAUCGCCGCAUCAGUAGCAACUUCUCUACAGUCAAGUGGUGUUCUGACUGCUUCGAAUGCGUCAACGUUAUCAAAUCAAUUGGCCUCUUACGUAAGUUCCGGACUGUCAAGCACUGCAUCGAGCUUAGGUAUUCAACUAGGUGCUUCACUUGGAGCCGGCUUCGGAGCGUCGGCAGGUCUCUCUGCUUCUACUGACAUUAGCAGUAGCGUAGAAGCAACUUCUGCAAGUACUCUUUCUUCGAGUGCAUCAUCCACAAGCGUCGUAUCUUCAAUCAAUGCACAACUUGUACCCGCCUUAGCCCAAACAGCUGUCUUGAAUGCUGCUUUCAGUAAUAUUGACACACAGAAUGCUAUCAGGAUCGCAGAACUGCUAACACAGCAGGUUGGAAGACAAUACGGUCUGAGUGGAUCAGACGUUGCAACUGCUUCUUCGCAGAUCAGAAGUGCUUUGUACUCCGUGCAACAAGGAUCUGCUAGUACUGCGUACGUCUCCGCAAUCGUCGGCCCCCUUAUAACCGUACUUAGUUCCCGAGGUGUUGUCAACGCAAGCAACUCUUCGCAAGUCGUAUCGUCAUUGGCAAAUGCAAUACUGCAGUUUACUGCCAAUGUUGCUCCGCAAUUCGGUAUCUCGAUUCCGACCUCAGCAGUACAAAGUGAUUUGUCGACCAUAUCUCAAUCCCUUACCACUUUCAGCAGCCAAACCAGCUCUAGUGUCGAUAGCUCUACAUCUGCUUUUGGUGGAAUUUCCGGUCUCUCUGGCCCCUCUCCAUAUGGUCCUCAACCCUCUGGUCCCUCAUUCGGUCCUGGACCCAGCCUUUCUGGCUUGACAGGAUUUACUAGCACUUUUGCUUUGGGUUUCAAAUCCACCUUGGCAAGCUCAACUCAGUUCCAAUCAAUAGCUCAAAGUAACCUUGAUGUGCAGACAAGAUCUUCCCUCAUAAGCAAAGUUUUGAUCAACGCCCUGUCCAGCCUCGGAAUCAGUGCCUCUGUAGCCUCCAGUAUAGCUGCUAGUACUUCACAGUCUCUACUGAGCGUUAGUGCUGGUGCAAGUGCCGCUGAUGUUGCAACUGCAAUCGCCGCAUCAGUAGCAACUUCUCUACAGUCAAGUGGUGUUCUGACUGCUUCGAAUGCGUCAACGUUAUCAAAUCAAUUGGCCUCUUACGUAAGUUCCGGACUGUCAAGCACUGCAUCGAGCUUAGGUAUUCAACUAGGUGCUUCACUUGGAGCCGGCUUCGGAGCGUCGGCAGGUCUCUCUGCUUCUACUGACAUUAGCAGUAGCGUAGAAGCAACUUCUGCAAGUACUCUUUCUUCGAGUGCAUCAUCCACAAGCGUCGUAUCUUCAAUCAAUGCACAACUUGUACCCGCCUUAGCCCAAACAGCUGUCUUGAAUGCUGCUUUCAGUAAUAUUAACACACAGAAUGCUAUCAGGAUCGCAGAACUGCUAACACAGCAGGUUGGAAGACAAUACGGUCUGAGUGGAUCAGACGUUGCAACUGCUUCUUCGCAGAUCAGAAGUGCUUUGUACUCCGUGCAACAAGGAUCUGCUAGUACUGCGUACGUCUCCGCAAUCGUCGGCCCCCUUAUAACCGUACUUAGUUCCCGAGGUGUUGUCAACGCAAGCAACUCUUCGCAAGUCGUAUCGUCAUUGGCAAAUGCAAUACUGCAGUUUACUGCCAAUGUUGCUCCGCAAUUCGGUAUCUCGAUUCCGACCUCAGCAGUACAAAGUGAUUUGUCGACCAUAUCUCAAUCCCUUACCACUUUCAGCAGCCAAACCAGCUCUAGUGUCGAUAGCUCUACAUCUGCUUUUGGUGGAAUUUCCAGUCUCUCUGGCCCCUCUCCAUAUGGUCCUCAACCCUCUGGUCCCUCAUUCGGUCCUGGACCCAGCCUUUCUGGCUUGACAGGAUUUACUAGCACUUUUGCUUUGGGUUUCAAAUCCACCUUGGCAAGCUCAACUCAGUUCCAAUCAAUAGCUCAAAGUAACCUUGAUGUGCAGACAAGAUCUUCCCUCAUAAGCAAAGUUUUGAUCAACGCCCUGUCCAGCCUCGGAAUCAGUGCCUCUGUAGCCUCCAGUAUAGCUGCUAGUACUUCACAGUCUCUACUGAGCGUUAGUGCUGGUGCAAGUGCCGCUGAUGUUGCAACUGCAAUCGCCGCAUCAGUAGCAACUUCUCUACAGUCAAGUGGUGUUCUGACUGCUUCGAAUGCGUCAACGUUAUCAAAUCAAUUGGCCUCUUACGUAAGUUCCGGACUGUCAAGCACUGCAUCGAGCUUAGGUAUUCAACUAGGUGCUUCACUUGGAGCCGGCUUCGGAGCGUCGGCAGGUCUCUCUGCUUCUACUGACAUUAGCAGUAGCGUAGAAGCAACUUCUGCAAGUACUCUUUCUUCGAGUGCAUCAUCCACAAGCGUCGUAUCUUCAAUCAAUGCACAACUUGUACCCGCCUUAGCCCAAACAGCUGUCUUGAAUGCUGCUUUCAGUAAUAUUAACACACAGAAUGCUAUCAGGAUCGCAGAACUGCUAACACAGCAGGUUGGAACACAAUACGGUCUGAGUGGAUCAGACGUUGCAACUGCUUCUUCGCAGAUCAGAAGUGCUUUGUACUCCGUGCAACAAGGAUCUGCUAGUACUGCGUACGUCUCCGCAAUCGUCGGCCCCCUUAUAACCGUACUUAGUUCCCGAGGUGUUGUCAACGCAAGCAACUCUUCGCAAGUCGUAUCGUCAUUGGCAAAUGCAAUACUGCAGUUUACUGCCAAUGUUGCUCCGCAAUUCGGUAUCUCGAUUCCGACCUCAGCAGUACAAAGUGAUUUGUCGACCAUAUCUCAAUCCCUUACCACUUUCAGCAGCCAAACCAGCUCUAGUGUCGAUAGCUCUACAUCUGCUUUUGGUGGAAUUUCCGGUCUCUCUGGCCCCUCUCCAUAUGGUCCUCAACCCUCUGGUCCCUCAUUCGGUCCUGGACCCAGCCUUUCUGGCUUGACAGGAUUUACUAGCACUUUUGCUUUGGGUUUCAAAUCCACCUUGGCAAGCUCAACUCAGUUCCAAUCAAUAGCUCAAAGUAACCUUGAUGUGCAGACAAGAUCUUCCCUCAUAAGCAAAGUUUUGAUCAACGCCCUGUCCAGCCUCGGAAUCAGUGCCUCUGUAGCCUCCAGUAUAGCUGCUAGUACUUCACAGUCUCUACUGAGCGUUAGUGCUGGUGCAAGUGCCGCUGAUGUUGCAACUGCAAUCGCCGCAUCAGUAGCAACUUCUCUACAGUCAAGUGGUCUUCUGACUGCUUCGAAUGCGUCAACGUUAUCAAAUCAAUUGGCCUCUUACGUAAGUUCCGGACUGUCAAGCACUGCAUCGAGCUUAGGUAUUCAACUAGGUGCUUCACUUGGAGCCGGCUUCGGAGCGUCGGCAGGUCUCUCUGCUUCUACUGACAUUAGCAGUAGCGUAGAAGCAACUUCUGCAAGUACUCUUUCUUCGAGUGCAUCAUCCACAAGCGUCGUAUCUUCAAUCAAUGCACAACUUGUACCCGCCUUAGCCCAAACAGCUGUCUUGAAUGCUGCUUUCAGUAAUAUUAACACACAGAAUGCUAUCAGGAUCGCAGAACUGCUAACACAGCAGGUUGGAAGACAAUACGGUCUGAGUGGAUCAGACGUUGCAACUGCUUCUUCGCAGAUCAGAAGUGCUUUGUACUCCGUGCAACAAGGAUCUGCUAGUACUGCGUACGUCUCCGCAAUCGUCGGCCCCCUUAUAACCGUACUUAGUUCCCGAGGUGUUGUCAACGCAAGCAACUCUUCGCAAGUCGUAUCGUCAUUGGCAAAUGCAAUACUGCAGUUUACUGCCAAUGUUGCUCCGCAAUUCGGUAUCUCGAUUCCGACCUCAGCAGUACAAAGUGAUUUGUCGACCAUAUCUCAAUCCCUUACCGCUAUCAGCAGCCAAACCAGCUCAAGUGUCGAUAGCUCUACAUCUGCUUUUGGUGGAAUUUCCGGUCCCUCUGGCCCCUCUCCAUAUGGUCCUCAACCCUCUGGUCCCUCAUUCGGUCCUGGACCCAGCUUUUCUGGCUUGACAGGAUUUACUGGCACUUUUGCUUUGGGUUUCCAAUCCGCCUUGGCAAGCUCAACUCAGUUCCAAUCAAUUGCUCAAAGUAACCUUGAUGUGCAGACAAGAUCUUCCCUCAUAAGCAAAGUUUUGAUCAACGCCCUGUCCAGCCUCGGAAUCAGUGCCUCUGUAGCCUCCAGUAUAGCUGCUAGUACUUCACAGUCUCUACUGAGCGUUAGUGCUGGUGCAAGUGCCGCUGAUGUUGCAACUGCAAUCGCCUCAUCUGUAGCAACUUCUUUACAGUCAAGUGGUUACUUAAGCGAUUCUAACGCUUCGCAAUUAGGAAAUUCUUUGGCAUCUUCAAUCAGCUCUGUAGCACUAAAUGUUGCAGCUGAUUUGGGAGUCUCACUUUCAGCUUCGGCUAAUUUGAGUAGCAGUCUUGGAGCUUCAGCGGGUAUUAGCAGCAGUUUCGAUGCUUCUUCCGCCAGCUCUACAUCCCUGUCAAGCUCUUCUUCCCUUUCUUCCCAGCAACAAGUAACUUCCAGUGCUGCUGUGUCGCUUAAUUCAGUUAUUACUUCUCCUGUUGGUCUAGCUUCCCCGCAAGCGAGCUCACGUGUCAGAUAUUUAUCUCAACUUGCUUUGAAUGCUAUUAGCCCUCAAGGUUUUAAUGUGGAAGCAUUUGUUAGUCAGCUUGGAACAAUUAUGGCUCAAGCUCGAGCAAUGGGAAUGUCUGCUUCUGAUGCCACUAUUGAAACGUUACUAGAAGGAUUACUAUCUCUCGUACAAGCUCUUGGUUCCUGCCAGGCUGGGUCUUACAACCCUGCUCGAAGUGUAGAGGCAUCUAACAUCUUCUUGUCGGCGAUCCAAAGUACUUUAUCAUCAUGAAUUGUUGUCAACCUUUUUCCUUAGCAUUAUGUGCUUAAAUAUUGAGAAAAAUAAAAUAUGUUUUGCAGUGA